UCUCUUCUCUUCUGGCAUCCCCCAUCCCCCAUCGCUUUAUGUGCUUCCAUACAGCCUGAAAAUCAACCGGAGGAGGAAACCUUCACACUCGCGGAGAAUAGACUGACCCUCAGCAACCCAGAAGAUCGCUUAUAACCAGAAUCACAGACUGGACCAGGGUGACCCAUCUAAACCGUCUCGCACUGAUUUGCAUAUCCAUUCUUCCUACCUCCUUCAUUUGCCUUUCCUUCACUGAGAAUGGCAAGCGGGCAUUCCACUGACAAAUUCAGUUUUCUGUACCCAACAGACACCAGUCAGAACAUUAAGAGUAAGAACAGGCUGUCUUCCACCAUGAACCCGGUGUACAGUCCAGUGCAGCCGGGAACCCCGUACGGAAACCCCAAGAAUAUGGCAUACACAGGUUAUCCUGGAGGUUAUCCUACGACUGCCCCGACCUACACAGCCAACCUUUAUCAGUCAAGUAGCCCGGGAUACCCACCAGUGCUGCUGGUGAAGCAGGCCUGGCCCCAGACGGCAUCUGCUCCGGGGCCCGCAGAAGGCUCCUAUGACCUGGCCAUGGACGCUGGCUCAGAGAGCAGGCAAUACCAGGCCUCAUCUACAGCAUUCAGAUAUACUGCAGGAACGCCUUAUAAAGUGCCCCCUACUCAGACCAAUGGAGCCCCUCCGCCCUAUUCCCCGUCUCCUAACCCCUACCAGACGGCCAUGUACCCCAUUAGAAGUGCCUAUCCCCAGCAGAACCUCUAUGCUCAGGGUGCUUAUUACACACAGCCUGUGUACGCCGCCCAGCCUCAUGUCAUCCACCACACCACCGUGGUCCAGCCCAACAGCAUCCCCUCCGCCAUCUACCCCGCUCCUGUACACGCGCCCCGCUCCAACAGCAUGGCCAUGGGCAUGAUGGCCGGGACAACGAUGGCCAUGUCUGCCGGAACGCUGCUGACCACCCCUCAGCACACUCAGAUCGGAGCACACCCCGUCACCGUGCCAACAUACCGACCCCAAGGAACACCUGGGUACAGCUACGUGCCACCUCACUGGUAGAGCCCACCUGCCAAUCAUAUCUGGAGUCAAACAUUGUAUGCAACUACUCAAGUCUUACAUCGGCGCUCUGUGUUCAACAGCGAGGCGCCACGUCUGUUUGCAAGAACAAAAGAGAAAAAAAAGUGCAAGGGUCACUUUAUGCAUUCUUAUGUGUUUUUGUAAAAGCUGCUUUUUUAUCUUUUUAUUUAAUUUUUUUUUUUUUUUUUUUUUUUGGGAUGAUGUUCUUGCAUUAGGUUAUUUUAAUUCUUCAUUGUUCCAUAGUUAUUCUAUAAGAGCUCCAGAAUGAUUUCAACCAAUCACGACCCGUCUUUGUGUUCAGUAUAAACGCUGGUGUGUAGGAAUGUACCGACGCAAUAUCAGCACCACUCGGAUCAUAAUCAUCCACUUACGCUGCCAAAUUGUAUAACCUUUAGAUAUUAGCACAGGGUUGGUUUUCUUUUAUGUAUUUACAGCGGAGUUUCAUUUCAAUCUUCCCGAAGCGCUUGGGAAUGGUUCAAAAGAAACUUAAUUUCUCCCUCAUUUCGUUCGAUAACAAGGGUGUCUUCCAGCUUGUAGCUGUUCAUGUAGAUUUGUAAGGAUUAUAUCAUUAGUAGGGCAGUGCAAACGUGGUUUAACCUUCAUUAGGAUAUCGAGUACAUUCAGUAAUCUUAGUUAUUCACUAAAUAGAGAACGUUUGCGUGAGCUGGUUACUUUAUUAGCUUAUGUGUCAGGAUAGCGUAAGCUUCCAAACUAUAACGUGUUUAUGCGAUUUCUAAAAAUGUGUGCGGCAUGCACUAACGGUGAAUAUUGAGGGGGAACAAAAUCUAUCAGUGGCACUUAGCUGGAGCCUCUGGGUGCGAUGUCGUCCCGCGGGCAUCGAAACGUGUGCCAACUUUGAGGCCAGACAGGACGGACGCUACUCUGACGGAACGAUUAGGAUUGCAUCCGAUUCAAAGGGACUUUGCGCCAUCGUAGAUAGCACUAAAAGCAAAAAACACACACACACAAGGGAGGGAUGGCGUUCCAGCAUUCAUUUCCAAUCAGCUCCAGCUCGAGAGUGGGUCUGACCCCUGGUCCUCUGUGAAUCCUUGGGCCUUUAGGCCUUUAGUUGCACAGAUUUUAGGCGUAGAAACGGAGUUCAGAGUUGUUCAAUGCAAUAAUACGAACGGCCUGCUUGAAUGGCUUUUAAUUGUAAUUUACAGCAUUUGUAGAGAGAGAUAAAGAGAGAAUUUUGAUUUCCUAUCCCGAGGCCUCGCCUGUAUCCAUGAAUAGUGUACUCAGAAGUGACAUAUCAAGUAUUCUAUGAAAUGUUAUCAUACCGAAGCAUUGCACAUCGACAAAUAGACGUAACUUAAUAACCAAUUAUACGGUACACUCUCAUAUAUAAUGAUGUAAUUAUGAAAAUCAAGCAUUUACUCUGCAAACCAUUAGUCUUGGUAAUGUCUCUGGAAGUAAUAUUAUUGUCAGUACAGAACAGUAUCAAUCUUUUCGUCGUUUUGUUGGCUAAGCGACCACUGUUGCGAUAUAUAGUACACUCAAAGGUGGGAAGAAACGAUUCUCUGUUCUUAUGUGAAAGUCAUAAUGUCUAGUAAUGCAUGUGUCAUGCGGAUGAAUGCAGUAUAGUGUAAUCAGAUGAAACUAUGCCCUUGCGAAGCAUGGUUGCAUCAUUGCAGCUUAUGGAUUGCUUUUAAUAAUACAUUUACAUUACAGCACAUCCCCUUCACAUUCCCUUUAUUUUUCAUUCAAGUAAAGAGCGCAGAGUUACUCAUGAAUCUCAUGGAAUAUAUAUAUAUAUAUAUAUAUAUAUAUAUAUAUAUAUAUAUAUAUAUAUAUAUAUAUGUAUGUAUGUAUAAACAUAAAUUAAGUGAAGCCUGUUUUUUUUUUUUUGCUUUAUUUUCAGAAUAGUUAAGUUAAUUUUCCCACAAAUUUGUAUUAUCCUAAAUAGUGAUUAUUUUUAACAAUAUUUUUCAUUUACAUCAGCAAAGGCAGUACAAAUAAAAUAUAAUACAAUAAUUAAAAAAAAUGAAAAUAGGCUUCAUUUUUGUUUAUGCAAAAAAGAUAUACAUAUAUAGAUAUGUUCUUGACAGGUUCCAUCUGAUUCAUCUGAAAAUUAUUGUAACUUCAUUGCAGAAUAAUUAUUUUUUUGUUGUAAGGGCAAAAAGCAAGUCAAAAGCUUUGGUAUGUGCUAUAUUUGCCUAAGGAUGGAAUUUAAUUCACAUGAUGUUAUCAGUAAGUAAUGCCAAUCAGUCAAACCAGCACAUUUAUUGAUUAUUGAAUGAGAACCUAGAAAUUCACAGCAUGUUCACAUACACUUUCUCUGUUUCGAUGACAUAUGAUGCCAUUUUCCUGCGCUCUCCGCCCUACUCUUUACUUUUCUGAUCUUAUACAGUAUUAUAUCAAGCGGUGAACUAUAUUUUGUCUUUACAUAAGUUUGCAUCACGAGAUUUGACUGAUGCAUUUAAUCGCUGUCGUCGACAUAAGACACUCUAGGACUAGAGUGACCUUUGACACUGCAACAUGAAUCAAGGACGUUACCAUCCACUCUGACAUGUAAUUUAGGCGCUUUUUACGUACGUGUUAUUUAAAGUUUGAAUUAAUGAUUGAUGUUGAUUUUUCUUAAAUAGGAGAUCUUUAUAGUUGAUCUGGAGUGGAGUGAUUCAGUCCAUGUGGUUGAGAGGCAUUUCAGAGCACAAGUCUUCAAAGGGUUUCCUCUUCCUCUACAUGCAUUUCCCCUGUCUGUCUGUCUGUCUUUCUCUUCUUCUUUUAUGGUUUUCAAUGGUUAAAAUAAUGGCUGAGCUUUUUCUGGAAAUUAGAUAUGUGCAAAUAUGUUGAAGUACCACGCAUUUAGGGCGUUUUAAUGCAGGGUCAUCAUGAAUUUAAAGGGACAGAUCAUCCAAAAAUGAAACAUUGUGAGGAAAAAAAGUCCAAAUGAUAACAAAAAUGUAAUUUUUGGAUGAAUUAUUCCUUUAAACCUGAACAGUUGUAUUAAUACUCAGAUAUGUCCCUGCUCGCCACACAUUAUUCCAGCGAGGGCUUUUGAUGGGUUUCUCCCAUUUUAAAAAUAAACUGAUCCAUUUUCCGUAUGAAA